AUGUAUGCAUCCACGACUCGGAUACCCUUGGUCAGUAGGACGUCGGGAAGGUCGUUUUCAAUAUGUGGCGUCGUUCUUGACCGCUGCGCCGCUCCACGGGCUCGGUCCAUGCGUCCAAUCCGCCGAAUAUCUGUUUGCCGCUAUCCUCUCCCCCUUCGAGUCUCUCCGCGUGAUGGCAGCAAGUUCGACUUGCUCCUCCUCGACCUUGCGUCCCCCCGGGCCACGUCAGCACCGACACGUGUCACGAGCCUAUUCGCAUACUCUCACUGCCUUUACAUCCUCUUUUACGCCAGCGCCGUGGUCACAGAGACGACGCACAGUGUGCUGGAAGUUGCGCGCCACCUAGCGGGAUGGACGGAAAAGCACGCGUACUUCCCCGCCCGACGCCACGUGUACGGCAUCCCCUGGCCGGACGAUCUUCCGACUUUUCGCUGGACGGGUCUCGGUCGCGGACCGCCGAGGUCUGAUCCGGAAAUAUGCGAUGCCGGUCUGGAAGUUUGGGCGGCGACUGGGCGCGGCAUUGGGCCGUUCGCGAAGUUGAACCCUCCCCUCGGCAUUGACUGCUUUCCUUCGCGCACCACCAAUCGACACCAAACGCACUCUUCGCUCUCACUGUCUCACAGCGAUAGGAUCUUUCGGCGCUUUCUGGGCCUUGCUUAUCAGGUGACGACGGCCAUCACGUCGACCAGCACGACUCGGGACUGCGGCUCGCAUCUCACCACCGCCUACGUCGGCGCCGAGCGCUCAUUGCGCGCUUUGAAGCGCUCAAUAGGCUUUCGACGCGCAACGAGGGACGCGCUCUGGUCUUGUGAUAUGCAGGAGACCGGUCGACUUGGCUCGGGCGAGAGCGGACCGUGGUACAGCCUCCGACGACGUCGAGAUGGUCCGACUGGACUCGCCGCAUCGGCUCGCACGGCCUUUGAAAACGACGAGGAGGUGCAGUCGUCCCACGCUCUUUGGUCCCGCCCUUCCCUAAUCUCCACGUUCGGCGCAUGGGCAUGCUCCAACGCUCCCCGACGCUUUGAUACCUCUUCUUUGACCCCCGAGCCGUCAGAGGCUAUGCGCGCGCGCUACAUCGUGUGGGAGAUGCGACGAGGGUGGUAUACCCUUGAUCGAGAUGUGCCCCGCGAGUUCGAGCCGCCGGAGCGCCCUCUGAGGCUAUUUCUCGACGAGGUUGAGCCGCCGGAGGCGCGCGCGCGGGCUUCCUCGGUGAUUUCUUGGCGAGAGCGAACCGCCGGAGAACAAUUCCUCAACGAGGGUUUUUUUGCGCAUCCCCCAACCGCCGGAGGUGUGCGCGGAUUCGCUAGGCUUUAUUGUUUGUGCCUGCACGUGUGGAGGCGCGAACGAGGCAAGGGGGGAGGGGUGCGCUCUCGAUAUGACGGCCCCCCUCCCGUAGCCUUCUUCGGGAAAUGCGAGACGAGGGGGAGCAUCCCACCCCUCGGGUGGGGGUGGUGGGAGAAGGGGAUGGGGUGGGAGGAGCGCUUUCAAGCGGACCUUGCUUUGCUGUUCUGCUUCGCGUUGAUGGAGGGGGCGAGGGGGGGAGGUCUUCGUAGGCCUACUCAAGGCGCUUGGCGCGAAGGAGGGGCUAUCUCGCGAGUGCAUCUAGUAUUCCUGAGCAUCCUCGCCGUCGCACGUCGAGGCGAGUGCAUUUCGUACGUAUUCACCCCCACCUCGUCGCGCGCAGAGUCGUAG